AUGCUAGCCGGCGGAACCGAAACCGACCGACAACGCCUAGGCAGCAGUAUUGGGAUCGACGGCGAUGAGUUCGAGGUAGUCGACGAGUUUGUCUACCUCGGCUCACUGGUAACGGCGGACAACGAUACCAGCCGUGAGAUCCGGAGGCGCAUUAUCAGCGGAAGUCGUGCCUACUAUGGGCUCCACAAACAACUACGGUCGAACAGACUUAGCACCCGCACGAAGUGUUACCUGUACAAGACCCUCAUAAGGCCGGUUGUACUCUAUGGGCAUGAGACGUGGACCAUGCUAGAGGAGGACCGGCGAGUACUCGGAGUUUUCGAGCGACGAGUACUGAGGACGAUCUUUGGCGGCGUACAGGAGAACGGA